CGGUGCAUGUAUGCAUUUCGCCCGCAUGAUAUCGCAGUGGCUUGAUUUUGACGUCAAACAAAAUGAAAACAAACUGAGCCAGUGGCUGGAUUUGCUUGGAAGGGAAUACCCAAAAGUGUUUUUGUUGUUUUUCUAGAUCAGUGCUUCGUAUUUAGGAACACUUUGUUUUCUUUCUCUCCUUGGGUUUCUGGUUUCAUUUUGUUUGAUUAUUGUGGCCUUUAACUCCUUCAAGAGAUUAGCUGUUGAGAAAAUUUAUUCCAAUGUAUCAUGAUAUUUUCUUCUAGUUUCUAGGGCAAAAUGCCAAAAUCUCCUUCUGCGUUGUAAUAAAAUUGAUUUUGAAGCUUAGAGGAGCUGGUUAUUGGAGGUCAAAAAAGGAGACAACAAGAUAUAUGUAGGAAAUUACACAUCUUAUCUCUUUGUCAUUCAUUGAUUUGAUGGAUCGAUCUUUGCCUGGACACUGAGACAAGAGAAUCUGUUGGAGGUUUAUGUUUGUUCUCAUUCUGUUGAGAGUCAUAUUACUAGUUACCCUUCUGUGUUGUUUUGGAUCUCAUUUUAUCUUUUAUUCUGGAUGUUCUUCUCACAAAGUUGAUUUUUCUGAUUUGAAAGAUCAAAGGAAAAAUGUGCUACUGUGAGAGAAAGAGUUGAGCUCACUUUUGACUUUGUGUGUCAGGUUAAGAAUUUGUUAAAAUUUUCAUCAAAAUUAAGCGUAAAAGAUAUUGUUACUUGCUUUCUGGGCGAAAAGGGUGUCUACAUCUUCAAGAUUGUAUUAUCCAUUUGAGAACAUACCUGGAAGAUUUUGGUUUCUGAAUGAAGAAAAGCCGAGCUGGUGAUGUCUUAAGGACUCCUGUGAAUCAUCUGUGAAAAGUGUCUUGUCUUUCUGAAAUUAUUCUCUCUACAAUUACUGGAAUCGAGUAUGUUUGUGGUGCAAGUUGUGUAAUCCAUCUUGGUUUGGAAAUGGCGCACCAAUAAUGCGCGAAAUGUUUGUUUGUGUUCUGAGCUUGUUGUUUAGCCUCGUCAAUGAUAUUGAAAUGAUUGUUGUUGAGAAUUGAAUCUGUUAAGCCAACACGAAGUCUGACAGAAAUUGCUUGCGGUAAUGAGUCAAGAGGUGAAGCGAGGAAAGCAGGAGAAAGGUGGUUCCGAUGUGGCUGAGAAGGUGGUUGUUGCUGUUAAAGCAUCAAAGGAAAUUCCCAAGACUGCUCUUGUCUGGGCUUUGACUCAUGUCGUUCAACCUGGAGAUUGCAUUACACUGCUCGUGGUUGUCCCUUCACAUGGUUCUGGUAGAAGAUUUUGGGUUUUCCCAAGAUUUGCUGGAGACUGUGCCAGUGGUCACAAGAAGUCUCAUGCUGGAACAACUACAGAGCAGAAGUGUGAUCUUACUGAUACGUGCUCCCAGAUGAUCCUUCAACUCCAUGAUGUUUAUGAUCCGAACAAGAUUAAUUUCAAGAUCAAAAUUGUUUCUGGAUCACCUUGUGGGGCAGUGGCUGCAGAGGCCAAGAGAGCAGAAGCUAAUUGGGUUGUGUUGGACAAACAGCUUAAAAAUGAGGAAACGCGCUGCAUGGAGGAGUUGCAGUGCAACAUAGUGGUUAUGAAGCGUUCCCAACCAAAAGUUCUUCGUUUGAAUUUGGUUGGAUCGUCCAGGAGAGAAACUGAAGUUUCCUGUCUGCCUCCAGACCCUGAUGAUUCAUCUGAAAAGCAUAAGAAAAACAAGAAUGUUACUUCAGAUUCUAUUAGAGGGCCAGUUGUUACUCCCAACAGUAGUCCAGAGCUAGGGACACCAUUUACUGCUACUGAAGCAGGAACUUCAUCAGUGUCAAGCUCAGAUCCAGGAACUUCACCAUUUUUCAACUCUGAAACUAAUGGAGACUUGAAGAAAGAGGAAUCAUUAGUAAUUAGGGAAAAUCGAGAUCUUGAAGACUCUAGUUCAGAGACAGACAGUGAAAAUCUAUCUUUGUCUUCAGCAAGUUUGAGGUUCCAACCAUGGAUGACAGAAUUUCUUGGAUCAUGUCAUCAGUCUACACACCACAUUGAAGAAGAAUGCUCUAGAAGAACAAAUAAUAAGGCUCAAUCAUCAACAACAAAAGCUUUGCUAGAGAAGUUCUCAAGACUUGAUAGAGAAGCUGGAGUUGGAAUGUCUAACUAUAGGAAUGAUCUGGAAUUCAGUGGGAAUGUUAGAGAAGCAAUAUCACUAUCCAGAAGUGCGCCUCUUGGCCCCCCUCCAUUGUGUUCAAUAUGUCAACAUAAGGCACCAGUAUUUGGCAAGCCCCCAAGGUGGUUUAGCUAUGCUGAGUUGGAGCUUGCUACUGGUGGAUUUUCUCAAGCUAAUUUCUUGGCCGAAGGUGGAUUUGGAUCUGUUCACAGGGGGGUAUUGCCAGAUGGUCAGGCAGUUGCUGUCAAGCAACACAAGCUGGCUAGUUCACAGGGGGAUCUUGAAUUUUGCUCAGAAGUGGAAGUUCUGAGCUGUGCUCAGCACAGAAAUGUUGUUAUGCUAAUAGGAUUCUGCAUUGAGGAUAGAAGAAGAUUGCUGGUUUAUGAAUAUAUAUGCAAUGGGUCUCUGGAUUCUCAUCUUUAUGGGCGUCAUCAAGAGCCUCUAGAAUGGUCUGCACGACAAAAAAUUGCUGUGGGAGCUGCUCGAGGUCUGCGAUAUCUUCAUGAAGAGUGCAGAGUAGGUUGCAUUGUACAUCGUGACAUGCGACCAAACAACAUCCUCCUCACCCAUGAUUUUGAACCACUUGUUGGGGAUUUUGGCCUGGCAAGGUGGCAGCCUGAUGGUGACACGGGUGUGGAAACAAGAGUAAUAGGAACAUUUGGGUAUUUGGCACCAGAAUAUGCUCAGAGUGGCCAAAUCACAGAAAAAGCCGAUCUCUAUUCUUUUGGGGUGGUUUUAGUUGAGCUUGUUACUGGACGAAAAGCAGUGGAUCUUAACCAGCCAAAGGGCCAGCAAUGUCUCAUUGAAUGGGCACGCCCACUGUUGGAAGAGUACGCUAUAGACGAUUUGGUUGAUCCACGGCUAGGGAAUUGCUACUCGGAGCAAGAAGUCUAUUGCAUGCUUCAAGCAGCAUCUUUAUGCAUUAGACGAGAUCCACAUUCCAGGCCCCGCAUGUCACAGGUGCUUCGCAUAUUAGAAGGAGACAUGGUCAUGGAUGCAAAUUAUAUGUCAACACCUGGAUUUGAUGUUGGCAGCCGAAGUGGACGAAUAUGGACAGAGCUGCAGCAACAACUACCCUAUAGUGGUCCCUUGUUAACUGAGGCUGUGGAAAGCUUCAAUGGGAAGCUCUCUCUUGAUACACUGAAGCCAUCAUUCUGGGAAAGGGAAAAGGCCAGAAGGGCUUCUUGUGGAGGUGAUUUGUAAAGAGCUUACAUCCCUUAAUCAACAUGCAUCUUAGUUAAUGUAUUUGGCCCAUUUUAUAUUCCUUUUUUUCCUUCCUUUAUGUUUGCUCAUUGCCCAUUUAAGUUUUUGCAUGUGUAUAGUAGUAGCAGCAGGGAAAGUAGGCAUAGUAAGGUUUGAAAUUCUUUGGUAAAUGGAGCAAACUCAUUUUAUGAUGUUUUAACUCCAUGUUUUUUGUCUAAAUCAAUGAAGCCUUAAACAGAAUUUCGCUCUCA